GAAUUUCUUUAUCUUUAUGCAGUGUAUCGCUAUCUGGUUCCGGAUCAUUAUCAUUCUAUUUCUCUUUUGAAUUCUGGACUUCGUUAGUUUUGAUCAUGUUCAUUAAAUACAUUUUUUUGUUUAGUUUAUUUAUCGGGUUCAUCUUGGCAGAUGAAUCAUCUAAUAAAGUAAAUGAUGGCAAAGAUGUUGAAAUGCCUGUUAAAACUGUAACUAUUAAGGAAGUCGAAUUGAAAGAAACUACAAUUUCUAAACCAUCACCUACGCCCAAACCUACAUCUACCCCUGCGCCUUCAACCACGUCUCAUACUUCUACAACCACCUUACCUCCUUCAUCAAGUGUUUCUCCUCCAAGUACCAUUCCUUCUACAACCAUGUCUACUCCUGCUCCACCCACAACUCCUUCCCCCACAUCACCUUCUACUACACCAACACCUGUUCCUCCUGAAUUUUGGACAGUUACUAAUUCUACUAGUAACAUAACCUGUAUUGUAGCCAGAAUGAAUAUUAAGUUGGAAAUGCAUCAUGAAAAUAAGAGCUUGAUCUUAAAGGGUACCCCGCAAACAUUGGAGGCUAACGGGGAAUGUGGAAAAGACUUACAAACACUACAGAUAUUCUUGCCUCAAAAUGGCAGUAAUUCUGCCACUGUUUUGUUUAACUUCACUGAAACUGAGAAGACAUACUUCAUUAGUUCCCUCUCAAUAAUGAUCCCUCUCAAUUCUUCAGAUAAAGUUUAUGAAACCAGGAAUGUAACUCUCUAUGAAACUGGAAAAAAUACCUCCUACUCUUGUCCAUCAUAUAUGCUUAAUCUAGAACCAGAUAAUAGAACCACUGUUAGAUUAAGCAUGGGUAACAUACAGGUCGAAGCUUUUAGGUUCAGUAAUACUACUAAAUUUUCUCAGGCUGUCCAGUGCCCUAAUAAUGAAGUUCCUGACAUCGUUCCUUUAAUUGUGGGACUUGCUUUAGCUGGUCUUGUUAUAGUUGUUGUUAUUGGUUAUUUUAUUGGAAGAAGAAGAUCCCAAGCUCGAGGAUACUUAUCUAUGUAAAAUUAAAAUAACAAUGUUUAUUCUGUUAGAUAAAUAGGUUUUUUCCAUUAUAUCUAAACAUAAAAUUUUUAAGAUUAUGUUAUCAAUUUAUAAAUACAUUUCCAUAUUUUAAAAGGAUAUUUUACUUCAUUGAUGAUGCUAUUAAAUGGUAUAUAAGUUUUACUUUAUUAUACAUUUUAAUUUUAAUAAAAAUUAAUUUUUGUUGUAUAUUCAUUAUGUUAAGUUUUCUAUUUACAAUUUUUCUAUGGUAAAUUUGAUGGGAAGUUAUCUUACGAAAUAUGACCUGUAGUUUAAAACCAAAUGCUUAACAAUUUAAUCACAUCACUUGUCUAAUUAAAAAUUGUAUCAGUUCUAAAACAAGACUUUUUUGGUAAUUGUUUAUUAAGAUUCCACAAUUGAAGGUCUGUCCACCAACCAAACAGAUUUGUAUAUGUUUAAAAGUGUUACAUAUACAUAAAUUUGUUUAGUUAGUUAUUGCAACUUCAUUGCUGGCAUUGAAGCCAUCUAACGAUUAACC